ACAUGUGAACUGCUGCACAGCGGCGAUCUGCAGUUGCAUCUCUCCCUCUCCUUCAUACGAGUCCCAAACUGCCCCCAGCACCAUGGCGUAUUCACAAGCUCUCGCACAAAACUACCAUUUCUCCGCUCCCUCCUCCUCCAUAUCUUACUCAUCUUCUCGCAUUUCCCCCAAACCAGCUGUAAUCUCUUGCCGCUCUGCCGCAACUCCUCUCACUCUCUUAACUGGAAACAUUGAGAGAAGCGAAUCUGAUAGGAGCACGGUCCGUCUCGGCUUACCCAGCAAAGGUCGACUCGGCACCGGAACCCUCGACCUCCUCACGAAUUGCCAGUUGUCCGUCAGGCAGCUGAACCCAGAACAGUAUGUUGCGCACAUUCCAGAGAUCUCAAAUUUAGAAGUAUGGUUUCAACGGCCGAAAGAUAUUGUCCGCAGAUUGCUUUCAGGAGAUGUAGACAUUGGGAUUGUAGGUUUUGACACAUUCUGUGAAUAUGGACAGGUCCUGCACUUUGGCCUGGAACCGGGGGCUUUGCCUCUCUGCGUCUUAGUUCUUGGGUCUCAUAAUUGCUGA